GCGGGGCGGAGCGCGGGCAAGCAGGCCGGCGGGGGAGGCGCCACAUCCGGAGGCCGGCGCGUACUGCAUAAAGCCGCCGCAGCCGCGGGUUGCCGCUGGCUGCAGCUCUGGGCUCUUCUCACUUGCAGGAGCAGCUGCUCCAAUGCCCCAGAGCGGCCAUGGGCGCCCCGCACUGGUGGGACCAGCUGCGGGCUGGCAGCUCGGAGGUGGACUGGUGCGAGGACAACUACACCAUCGUGCCUGCCAUCGCCGAGUUCUACAACACGGUAAUAGCACAAUCCUGCUUAAAAAAAUUCAGAAUAUGUAGUUAUAAAGUGAAAAUUGAUGUCCUCAUCCAUGCAUCUGGGUGUGCUUUUGCACGUGCUAACUGGAGAAGGGGGAUUGCUACGUCAGGACAGUGUUCAGUUCAAAUGCUGAUCAGCAACGUCUUGUUUUUCAUUUUACCGCCCAUCUGCAUGUGCUUGUUUCGUCAGUAUGCAACAUGCUUCAACAGUGGCAUCUACUUAAUCUGGACUCUUUUAGUUGUGGUGGGAAUCGGAUCCGUCUACUUCCAUGCAACUCUUAGUUUCCUGGGCCAGAUGCUUGAUGAACUUGCAAUCCUCUGGGUUCUGAUGUGUGCCCUAGCCAUGUGGUUCCCCAGACGGUAUCUACCAAAGAUCUUUCGGAAUGACAGGGGCAGGUUCAAGGCGGUGGUCUGUGUCCUGUCUGCGGUUACAACGUGCCUGGCAUUUGUCAAGCCUGCCAUCAACAACAUCUCUCUGAUGACCCUGGGGGUUCCUUGCACCGCACUGCUCAUUGCAGAGCUAAGGAGGUGUGACAACGUGCGUGUGUUUAAGCUGGGCCUCUUCUCCGGCCUCUGGUGGACCCUCGCCCUCUUCUGCUGGAUCAGUGACCGAGCCUUCUGUGAGCUGUUGUCCUCCUUUCACUUCCCUUACCUGCACUGUGUGUGGCACAUCCUCAUCUGCCUCGCUGCCUACCUGGGCUGUGUGUGCUUUGCCUACUUUGAUGCAGCCUCCGAGAUCCCUGAGCAGGGCCCUGUCAUCAAGUUCUGGCCCAGUGAGAAGUGGGCCUUCAUUGGUGUGCCCUACGUGUCCCUCCUGUGUGCCAACAAGAAAUCACCCGUGAAGAUCACGUGAUGUCAGGUGGCGGCUGGCUGCUCUGCUUGUUUUUCCUCAUGCACUGGACUUCAUUUGCUAGCAACAACAGCCAAGGGGGUUUGAAUAGUUGGUGUGGGAUCUGUCUUUUUAAAAUUCUGUUCCCAUGGGCUCUAGCUAGUAUGUUUGUGGACUACCAGGAUUCUUCUGUGCCCCCGGAAGAAGUGUCUUUCUCUUUCUCCAAGGUGGAAAGUAAGGGGUUUAGGGACAUGAGUGUGUCUUUCCAGAGCAGUGGCUUGCUGGACUGCAGCCCCUGGGGGACCUAGCACUGCACACUGUCUUUCUCUCAUGAAGACGGGCCGGCCUCAGACACCACCAUUCUCAGGCACUCUUGGAGUGGACUGUACGGUUGACAGGCAGAGCCUUCGACAGACAAGACCUCCUGACUCUGGAAGACUCCAGAAAUUUUCAUUUGGGGAGACUGUCCUUAAACAAAGCCAGACAAAUGACAUACAUGUAGGGCUGUGGCUCAGGAAAGCUAGUUUUUCACUUGCAACUCUUAACUAACCCGAGUUCUACUUGCAUCUGUGAAUCUUUGUAUCACUACCUCUGUGGAGAGAUGGAGAAUUCAGAGGAGGGUGAAGCUAAUGAGUAAAACACUCUAUGCCAAAAACUACCCUCCACUUUAAGCCAUUCUCGAAGGUGAGCACAAUUUUCAAAUGUUGACAUCCUUUCUGCCUCUACCCGCUGUCAGCUCUGUAGCCUCAGAUACAAGAGACGAAUAGCCGUGAUGAGAACACGCACCAACCUCCUGACCUCUUUGAGGGGGUCAGAGGGCUCUUCCCCAUCAUGGUGGAGGUUCUGGUUCAGACUCUGGGGCAAACCUGACGUUUUUGGAAAGUUUUCCUCAUUGGAAGCCUCCAGCGUGCUGUGUUCUGGGAAUUACCUUCCAGGAUCCCGCCUCUAGUAUCUCUCCUAUUUCUCGCGCUCCGCCCCCUUACAGGACAAGGUGCUUCCUGUGGUUUCUCAGAGCGAUUAACACCUCUCUUAGACGUUGGCAGUCGCUCCACACUGGUUGGCCGGCAGGGGUCGCUGGUGAAGCAGGGCACUUCUGUUGCCUUCAGAGUUUUUCCCGCCUAAUCAGGCACCGGCUGCAAAUUUGCUGGGCUGAAUGGGAGACUACAGCACUGCCCUCAAGGGGCGGGGCGGGCAUUCUGGACCUCAGGGAUACUCACAGCUCAGCACCUCCGGGGGAGGGCAGGGCUGAUGUGCCCUGUAUGGACAGGAGGUGGGUGCCUUGCUGUCCUCAGUUCCUGAGGGUUGAGAAGUAGCAGUUUUCCACACAUCCAGGAAGGAACUCAUUCUGUUUAGAAUUUGCACAUAUUCCAAGGUCAAAAGACCAGCAAGCAAGGGGAUUUAGAGUUCAAAAAUGAAUAACUUUAUUCUUCUCCAGUGGUUUUCAUAUUACCUGACCAACAGAGCCUUAUUUGUCAUAACAAAUAUUUUUGAAACCCCAAGGUGUAACAUAGUUGUUUUUAUUAACUCAAAGUUAUUGUAAGCCUAGAUUUAUAGAGUUUAUUUGCAAACUGUGGAAAUACAAAUGAAAAAGUUGGUCAUUUCCAAGGUAGGAAAGUUUGGUAUUGAGUGUACAUGGCGUUUUAUUGUAGUUUGAGAUGCAGUGUAAAGAUGGCCCUUGAAUUAAUUGUUUGUGGAACUUCAGUGUACCUCUCUAGGAUCUAGGUGGUUUAUGGAACAGAACUGCUGUUAAAUUCUCUGAGUUGAAAGUCUAGAAUGUUUUAAGGGGGAAAAUACAAGAACAUCCUCAUUUCAGGUGGCCCUUCCUAGGCAUGAACUCUAUUCUCAUCUCUUCUGCUGUACCAAAAUGCUCUAUAGUAGAGGGCUUGGUAUAUGUUAGGUCCAACUGUCUUAGUGUGGGAGCAUGGAGAAGGAAAAGCAGAAUGUAGGCAGUGAUUUUUUAAUGCCAGGUUUAAUUUGUCUUGAGGGUUGCUCGGUAAUAAGAGUAUUGUCUUACUCAUUAAGGAGGGACCCUUUCUCAUCAGUGAAAGGACUUAAUCCCUGGGGACCUGGAUGACACUUCCACUUCCAGCCCGCAGAAAUGGAGAUGAGAUGCUAAGAAUGGGUAUAGGAGUAAGGCAGGGAGUCCCUCGGUGGGCUGCUUCCAUCCCUGUCUGACAAGGCCGUUGACUAAGGUAAGUUGUCAGGAGGAUGCUGUUGAUGUGAAAAGCAAAAUGCACUUCUAGAGACUGGUUUUCAAGAGGGCUGAGACGAAAAUGUGGAAUGGGAUGUAUUUCAGAAGGACAAAACAUAGCUACUUUUGACAAAAUUCACCAUACUUUGCGAGCAUAAAUCAAGAGAGUGGUUGGGUGUAUGGCAUCAUUCAUAUUUAUAUCAAAGCUCUCCACACUGUUAAGAAAGAAAAUUGGGAAACUACUGAGAAGUUGAAGAAUGAAUGAGAAAUCACCCACAUUUCUAUUGCCCAAGUUCAUCACUGUCAGUAUUUCGGCAGUUGUUCUUUCAUUUUUGUCUUUUUUUCCCCUAAUGUAGUUGUAAAUAGACAUCUUCUGAACUGACAGUUUAUCCUGUGGCUUCAGUGGAAUAUAAAUGCCAGUGUUGUAUUUUUUCAUGAAGAGCAGGUUUAGAAUACACUAGAGCAGCGAUCACUUGAAUAUUUGUCACUGGAUUCUUCGAGUCACUGCUGAAUCUUCCUUUAUAAGCAAGCCUGACCUUGAGUGAACCCUAAGACUUAAUAAACCGGAUUCUACUUUUUGAUAGACUGCUGCACUUGGAUUGAUGAGUCAUGGCAGGUAGCUAUUAAAUAUGUGACUCCACAGAUUUUGAUGCGUUAGAUGUUUUUUAAAAACUAUCAUUAAUUGAUGUGCAAUUACAAAUGUCCCUUCCCCUCAGCAGAUUCGACAUUUAAGAGUUUGGUUGUGGCAAUGGGUGAUUAGCCUGGCUGUCAGAUUUUGUUGCCGUUAGAGUUUGCCCAAGAUUGAUACCCAGCAGGACCUGGAUUUAGGAUAUAAGAAACCAUUAAUGGUACCAAGUGACCAUUUCAAUCAGCAAUUCUUUUUUUUUUUUAAAGAUUUUAUUUAUUUAUUCUUUUACUUGAAAAGCACAGUUAGAGAGAGGGAGAGACAGAUCUUCCAUCAGCUGGUUCACAUUUCAAAUGAGUGCAAUGGUUAGGGCUGGGUCAGGCCACAGCCAGGAGGCUGGAACUCCAUUCUUUUCGCCCACAUAGGUGGCAGGGUCAGAGUCCGAGCACAUUAACAGAGAGCUGGAUUGGAAGUGGUGCAACUGAGACUCAAACUAGCGUUCAUGGGAUGCCAGUGUUGCAGGCCGUGGCUUAACCCUUUAUGCCACAACACUGGCCCAUUUAUUGAUUAUUGUUUCCCGGUGUUUAAUUAAUUGUUGAUUAUUAGAAAAAGAAAUAUUUCUUCCCCUUUGUGAUUAUAUGUUUGUUUAGCAUGCACCCCAGUGAACACAUUUUUGAAGAAUGCGGAGAUGAGAUAUUUACAUUCAUCUGGUAAAUGGGCUACAUUUUGGAGCAACUUGGUGCCUAUUCAAUGAGGAGUGCCUAAAACAUAAAUUAUGGAUCAAGAUGUUCUACUGGGGGACAAAGCUUGGUGGUCACCAGCACAGGCUUUGUAAAACCUGCCACGUACACCAUUCAUAGCAUUUCUUAGGUGUCUAAGGACUUCUCCCGCCGGUUCAUGCUUCCUCCAGUCACCAGGGCCGUGCCGAGGCUCCAGGGCUGGGAGUUGAGCUUCAUCCCUCAGGUCUGCCAUGGAACCACCUGGGGGACAGGUGGGACUGAAGCUUGGCCCACCAGAGCCCCAGCUCCUUUCAUUCUCAAAUGAACUUGAAACUUUCAUAGCAAGGGCUUUUCCUGGGUGCUGUUUUUCCAGCUGGUCAAAGAAAUGUCUUGGGCCAGACAGGGAUUCUCAGUGGAUUUUGUAGACAUCAUUCUCCUACUUAACAAAAAUGGCUCCUACUCUAAUUGCUGGAACUGUAUCUUUCCCUAUGUGUUGAACCAGUUUUAAGAUUAUGUUAUAACCACAGUAGGUAAUCAGAGCAAAUAUGCAUAGUGGUUUCAGGUAUAAAGCUUAUUUUAUACUUUGUAUAGGGUGUGCUGUAUAAGUGUGGCUGCCCACUGGCUGUGGUAGCAUUUAAUCUCCAUUGCUUUGGGGGUGAUCAAAGCCUUUUGAAAUGGAGCCUUUGCACUUUAUGCUCUUUUUAUGAUAGCCACGUUUGAUAUUAAAGCUGAAAAGGGGCAUUUUCUGUGAAUGAAUAUGUGUGUGUUUGUGUCUAUUUCCAAAGUGAUUUGUAAGCAUCUGCAGAGAAAAUGCAUUUCAUGGAUUGUAGAGCAAAGCACAUUGGUCUAAAUUCAUUUUUUGAUGACUUUGUUAUUAAACAUGCUUAAAAGAA